GAACCAAACCUAGCAGUACUUGAGCAUUUGGCCUCCCAUUUGGGGGGGGAAACGAACGACAUCAGGAUCUGGUUCCACAACCGCAGGAACAGCACCCGGCUGGACACCAACCUCCAGACCUUGCGCCUCCCCUCCAGCGAACCAGUCGACCCGGGUGACGAGCCAGACAUGAUACUCCCGGGCCAUCUGAACCGCCUCUUGGAGAUUUACCCCUCCAAGGGGAUCUUGUUGGUUGACCUGCGCUCCAGCACCGAUUUCGAACGGUCCCACAUCCACAACUCCAUCAAUUUACGAGCCCCACUCAAGUUUAUCAGUUGGGCAAGCCUGGAAAUGGUAGAAGACACCUUUGUGGACGACCAAUCACGACGGUCGUUCUCCAAGUGGUCGACCUGCCGCUGCGUGGUCUUUUACGACCGCGUGAUAGAAUUUCCAUGGGAAUGCCCGACUGCCUCGGCGCUGGGCAAAAAAUUCGGGGAAAAGGGGUGGAAGGGAAGGUGUUUUGUGCUCAAGGGUCAUUACAGGGAGUUUUCGGCCAGUUUCGAUAGGUACAUCUCGGGAGAAAAGAUGACGCAAGAAGCGAAGGAGUAUCUGGAUGGGUUGAGGCAGAAAGGGGGGAGUUUGACUGAGGAGGAGGGCAGGGAGAGGGAUGGGUUGUUUGAGGCCUGGUUGGAGGGGUGGGGGGGGAAGGGUAAGGGGAAGGGGAGUAAGGGGAAUGAGCUGGUGCCUGGGAGGAAGGUGGAACGACUCAGGGAGGUGGAGGAGAGGCAGGGGGAGUUGGAGAGGGAGUUUGAGGGGCGGUUUCCGGCGCUGUGGAGGAAGGGGUUGAUGAUGGGGAUGAUGAGGAAGGAUUCUGCUGCUGUGCUACCGGGGGAGGAGGGGGGGUACUCCCCCAUCGCGCCGAGUGUGAGUCCGCCUCCGCCGUUUGAGUCGGGAGGAGGACAACAGGGGUUCAAGGAUGUGGAGUGGCAGAAGAGGAAGGGGAUCGAGGAGGAAGGGGAGGCGGUGUUUGUGGGGCCGUUGGCGAGGGGGUUGGAGAGGAUGAGGGAGGCGGGGAUGGGGUUGGGGAGUCAGACUCCUUCUCCAACCAGCGGGACUCCUGUCGGGGAUCUGAAGGGGAAGAUGAUGGGGUUUGACUAUGAGUAUACCUCUGGAGUCACCGAGGAAGAAUACGAGGAGAUUGAUGCUGUUCAAGAGGGCCUCACUCCCGCCACUGCCACGGGCGACAUCAAAGGUGGUGGAGGAGGAGGAGUAAUAAACAAGGUGGUCAAGAAACGAGGGGUGGUGAGGGAGUGGUUGAGGGGUGGGACGGGGAAUAAGUAG